AUGUUCGCCCAACCCUACGACCAUUCGUUCAAUGACUUGUUCAACCAAUACGUUAAUAUGGAGACCAGCGCCGCUGAUGGAAAAGAUUCAGCAUUGGCCGACUUUGAUCAGCUUUUCCCGCUUGACUCGCUUUCGAGUGAAUGUGGCGAUAUUCCACCUGUCUCCACUCCCAAACGCCAUCAAUCACCGCAACCCUGGAGUAAUGAGUGGCCCCUGCAGGAUGACGGAGCCGCUGCCGAUCAUUUUGCUUUCCACGACACCGUCCACCCUUCUGCAAUCUCAGACGUCAAUGUGAAUAACUUUGAAAUUUCCUCUCGCCCUACAGCAACCAGCCGUCUGUCCACAUCGCCGUCCACUCCCCCAACUACCCCUAGACGGAAGCCUGCCCAGAGCGCUCUCAUCACUCCCAAAUCUAUCCGCCAUCGCAACCCGAAUGAGCGCCGCUCCAAUUUGCGCAAGCAAACUUUCUCUCCCAGCUUAAUGCGCUCUUCUAAUCUAUCCAACGGAAGAAUGGCAUAUCCCGAGGCUUGGGCCCAGCGAAUCCAGAACUUCAAUCUUCAUAAUCCCGAAGAUCGUCUGCCGCUGUCGCCCCCUCCAUCAGAUGUCCUUAUUCAGCAUGAAAACAUGUCUACCGAACAAAUCAUGAACCAGCCUAGAGACUCGGCAGAGAUGCCUCCCCAAUUCGACGCAAGACUAUAUCACCAGUCUCCCUCUGUUUCAAUGCCUUCGCCAAAUAUUCCAAUGGCACCACGGCAACAACAGCACUACAUGGCUCACCCAAGCUCUUCCACCUUGACCAACUCCAGCCCCUCUUCUACAGAUGACAUUUUCUCGUCAUCUCACUCAUCCGACCCUCAUUCUAUCUCCUCUUGGCAAUCAGACCCUCUUCAUGCUUCAUCUCUCUCCUUCACCCCAGACCUCCAAGGCCAAGAUUCUCAAUGGUGGUCUCCCAUGCCUUCUAGGGUGGCUCAACAACAGGCCGCUUACCUCACAUCUCCCACACCAGUGCGCUCCAUGCAAAGCGUUGGAAGCCAAAAUGACAUGAUGCAAGGAGGACUAAUGAUCCAAUUCAACCCCUCCUACGACAUGUCGGCGGACCACUCAUUCUCAUCUAAUAUGCUACCCGCCACCCCCAAAAAAUAUGACACCUCCUUCACCACCUCCCAAAUCCACAACGUAUCCCGUUCACCAUCUCUCUCCCCCAAGGCUGAGAUAUCACCCAUUGACACCCGCUAUGGAUCCAUUUCCAAGCCUACCCAUCGCCGCACCCACAGCCGUAAACUCUCUGGCCAGAGCACGAGUGCCCCCAAGCCCGCCAAGGCAUCUGGCUCCUCGCCCCGAGGCGUGAACAAAUCUGUCAGCGUAUCGUUUGUCAACUUUACCGCCCAUGACAGCAAGAAGAUCCUGACCGGAGUUGCUCCCUCCGGCAGCUCUAAGACCAAGGCUCGCCGCGAGCAAGAAGCUCGCGAUAGACGUCGCAAGCUCAGCGAAGCCGCACUGAGGGCUGUGCGCAGUGCUGGUGGUGACGUUGAAGCUCUCGAAGCUGUUCUCUGUUAA